AUGGGGGACAAGGUUCAUGAAACGGGCGUUGAACCCAUCAUCGAUGACGAGAAAUCCGAGUCAAAGACGCACAAAAAUGUCGUCGAUCAUGCAAGAAUCGCCGCCGAGAGGGAGCACAACAUGACCCUCCUCGAGGGAAUUCGUCUCUAUCCCAAGGCCAUCUUCUUCAGCGUCAUCAUCUCUACCUGCAUCGUUAUGGAGGGCUACGACAUAUCGCUGGUCAAUAACUUUUAUGCUUUCAGCCAAUUUAAUCGUAAAUAUGGUGUUCAGCUUGAAGACGGCACCUAUGAAGUUCCUGCAUCGUGGCAGGCUGGUCUCAGCAACGGCGCCCUCGUUGGUGAAAUCCUGGGCCUCUUCAUCAAUGGCUACGUAUCAGAGCGUUUUGGCUACCGUCGCACCCUCCUGACUGGCCUCGUCUGGCUCGCCGCCUUCAUCACCCUCUUCUUCACGGCCCAGAAUGUCCAGACGCUUCUGGCCGCCGAGAUUCUCUGUGGAAUCCCAUGGGGCAUGUUCCAAACCAUCACCGUCACCUACGCCUCCGAGACGGUCCCCGUAGGUCUGCGCAGCUACCUGACGACGUACGUCAACGCGUGCUGGGGAAUCGGCCAGCUCAUCGGCGUGGCCGUCAUCUAUGCCAUGCUGGACCGUGAGGAUGAGUGGGCGUACCGGAUCCCGUACGGCUUGCAGUGGAUGUGGCCCGUCCCCCUCUUCAUCGGCAUCUACUUUGCCCCCGAGUCACCCUGGUGGCUCGUGCGCAAGGGCCGGAUCGAAGACGCCAAAAAGGCUCUCCUGCGCCUGACGAGCCAACGCCCCGGCGACGGCAGCGACUUUGACGCCGACGACACCAUCGGCAUGAUGUUGCACACGACAGCCCUCGAGGACAAGAUGACCAAGGGCGCCUCGUGGUGGGAUUGCUUCAGGGGCGUCGACCUCCGUCGCACUGAGAUUGUCUGCAUGGUCUGGGCCAUUCAAAACCUCAGCGGCAACUCCUUCUCCAACUACUCCACCUACUUUCUCAAGCAGGCCGGCCUGUCCGAGCGCAACUCAUACGCAUUCGCCAUGGGCCAGUACUCGAUCAACAUUGUUGGCGUCCUUGGUGCCUGGGGUCUCAUGACGCUCGGCAUCGGCCGCCGCAAGCUCUACCUCUACGGCCUGUGCGCCCUCUGCGCCAUGCUCUUCGUCCUAGGGUUUCUCGGUCUCGUUCCCGAGGACCACCGCAAGGAGGGCGCCCUCGCCACCGGCAGCAUCAUGAUCGUCUGGGCCCUCUUUUACCAGCUCACUGUCGGCACAGUCGCCUACUCUCUUGUCGCCGAGCUGUCGUCUCGUCGUCUACAGGUUAAGACGGUUGUACUGGGUCGCAACCUUUACAACGUCGUGGGCAUCAUUACCGGCGUCGUCACCCCAUACAUGCUCAACCCCGAUGCAUGGAACUGGCGCAACUAUGCCGGCUUCUUCUGGGCUGGCAUCUGCUUCUUCUGCAUCAUCUACACCUUCUUCCGGCUUCCAGAACCCAACGGCCGCACAUUUGCCGAGCUCGACGUCCUGUUUGAGCGCAAGGUGCCCGCCCGCGAUUUUCACAAGACAAAGGUCGACGUGUUUCAGCACCACGUUGAGGAAAAGGUGAUAGACCAGUUCAAGCAGCUCGAUAAUCAGCCGUGA